AUGUUUCUCGAGACGGACGUGGUCGCUUUCGUGCGCACCCUCCAUAUCGAUGUGGGCGAAACACGAAAGAUUCUGGACGAGGAAAACCAGAUGCAUUCCGUUCUCAACACACUCGCUUCUGUGGGCUCCAACAUAGAUACAUUCUGGAUACCUGGUCACCGACAACGGCCCUUCAGGUGGAACGACGUGCCCACCAAGACGGUUCAGUCCCUUAUCUCGCUCCUCAAACAAUCACCCAGUCUUGCGAACCUGCGUUUUUCCAACAUCAAGAAUCUUCCUUUAAGUGUACCAACGUCAAUACCCACAAUUCGCUCUCUGGAACUUAACAGGACUGUACUUGCCCUAUCCGAUGGGCCCAGAGCACCAGGCCGAUUUCCCGCUUCCCCGCUCCAUUGUCUCGAUUACUUGUGCAUCCACAGAUUCAUCAAUAGGCUCGUUGCCGACUACCCUUCCCUCAUCACCGAAAACAUAAUUAGGUUUAAGGUCUCCGUCUUGGACCUGAAUGAAGCGCAUUUGGCAUGGAAGAUCCUCUCGAACACGUCAAGAUAUCUUCGGUGUCUGGAUCUAAUGCUGAGGGUGGACAUGCGCUUCCUCGCGACCUCUCCCAUCAAUAUCGGCGAUCUAUCUGCUCUACGUACUCUCAAUCUGUACAUCCAAACAGGCAGCCAAGCGACAAUCCCUCCGCUGGACGAUGUCUUCAGCCUCCUCGACCCCCGCUCACAAUCAACAUCGCUUGAAAGACUAAACAUAUUCUUCAACUGCGUGGCCCCUCACACUCUGCCCAUAUCUCUCAUAAACACCGCCGACGAGAGCUGGCGCUUGCUCCAUCUCGAAAUAUUGCGCAAGAAGCAUCAACGGCUCAAGGGCAUCACAGUGGAUGUUGAUCUGCACGUUAACCCUAGCGGGACCGUUCAGAGUCGCCUCUCGCAUAUGCAAGUAGUACUGAAGGAUUGCAUUCUGGCAGCGAUUUGUGUGGCGGAGCGUCCGCUUCCCGCACCACGGGUGUGUGCCUUUGAUGUACACGUGAAAGCGAGGAGCUAG